AUGGGCCAGAACAAUGGCAAGCCCGUCGUCUUCACCGACCAAGUCAACCUCAACCACUUCCGCCUGCUGCGAGUCGUCGGCAAGGGCGCCUUUGGCAAGGUGCGCAUCGUCGAGCGCAAGGACACGGGCUUGACCUUUGCCCUCAAGUACAUCCGCAAAGAUGAAGUCGUACGGUCCGAGAGCGUCCGCAACAUCAUCCGCGAGCGCCGCAUGCUCGAGCACCUCAACCACCCCUUCCUGUGCAAUCUGCGCUACAGCUUCCAGGACAUCGAGUACCUGUACAUCGUCGUCGACCUGAUGAACGGCGGCGACCUGCGCUUCCACAUCUCCCGCAAGACCUUCACCGAGGAGGCCGUCCGCUUCUGGAUAGCCCAGCUCGGCUGUGCCGUGCGCUACAUACACCAGCAGGGCAUCGUGCACCGCGACAUCAAGCCCGACAACGUGCUGCUCGACUCCGAGGGCCAUGUCCACCUGGCUGACUUUAACGUCGCCUCCGACUUCACCCCACACAAGCCGCUGACCAGCAAAUCCGGCACCCUCGCCUACCUCGCUCCCGAAGUGUACGAAGGCAAGGGCUACUCGUGCGAGGUCGACUGGUGGUCUCUGGGCGUGCUCUUCUACGAGUGCAUAUACAACAAGCGUCCCUUUGAAGCAAACAGCCACGACUCCCUCGCCGCCAAAAUCGCAAAGGGCGAGCCCACAUAUCCCGUCACGAGCCCGUCCGUCUCGAUGCCCUGCUUACAUGCCAUCAGCUCGUUACUAGAAAAGAACAGGAAGAAGCGCAUAGGGGCCAUUGGAUUCGAGUCGUUCGCAGACAACCCCUUCUUCCGUCCCCUCGACUUCAUUGCCCUCGAGGCAAAGGAGAUUCCGCCCGUGUUCAUCCCAUCGAGCGAUAAGACCAACUUCGACGCCACGUAUGACCUCGAGGAGCUGUUGUUAGAGGAGGCGCCGUUGGAGGCACGGGCACGGAGACAGAAGCCCAGGGAAGCGCUGAAGGACGAUGCAACAGAUGCCGAGAUUCGCGCAGAGGAGCUGCACCGCAUGAUCGAGACACUGUUCGAGCCCUUCAACUACACGACCAUCCCCGACUACCGCCCAAUCGCCGUCGCCGUCCCAGACCCGGCAGAUUCAGUUGGUGGCUCAAGAGCGAGCAAUCAGAGCAACAGCGACCAAGCUCCCGUGUCCGUCGCCUCGCAACAAGAUCCAUGGGGGCGCCCGCUCGCAAAUUCAAAGUCACCAGAGAGCGACCUCCAUCCAAACCGAUCGAUAACAACUGCUCAAUCCACAACACACUCGGCCAAUGGCAGCCCUCCACUAGCAAAUGCUAUCCUCAACCAUACACAAAAGUCCUCUACUGGGUCACCCACAGCGCAGCGUGGCGAGCACUCCGACUACUACCCUGGCGAGGGUGCCAUCCCAACGCCGUCCUUCUCCCGACCUAUGAACAACCGUCCGCGAGGCUCGCAGCGCAGCACCAGCAUGGGUGGAGGCGUACAGGUAGUUCUCAACGAAACCGGGUCCUGGUCGGAAAUGGCUAAUCAGAGCUCCGCGCUCUUGCAGAACCCUCAAGCCGUAGAAAAGCCGUCGGGCAUGCUAGGUUUCCUCAAUCGCAAAAAGGGCCGGGAUCGUAGUCCCAAGGCCAAAGAGAGGGGAGUCAUUGGUAAAGAGGGGGCGAGAGUCAUCAUCAGCAACACAUGA